AUGCCACCUAAAAAGCCGGUGCAACCCUUCCGUUGGAGUGAUGAGAUCUCGCUGGAAGAGAACAUCGAGUUGAAUUUGACCGAAAUGGCGUUUCGCCUCGAGAUUGACUACCCUGACGUGGAGUGGAAAGAUGCGGUGAGCCUGCUGUCCAAAGGUGUGGCGCGACUGAAGGGUAUGGAGGAGGCGCAAGUGGCUACGCUGAGGCGUGCGCACCGGUUCUACAAUCCGGGCGUCACCGAGUGCAAGAAAUCGACCAAGUCGGCCAGAUCAGCCAAAAGUGAAACUAGCACCGCUCCGCAAUCGUUGGCUGGUGACGCUGUUGAGGAGCGCGAGCGAGAAGACCGUGACACGUUGCCGACCGCCGACCCCAAUGAGCGCGAGGAUUUCGGCGACAAUUCCGGCCGAAUUGAUGAAGAAGAUGAGGAGGGCGUGGAACACGAAGCGGAAGCGGUGGACGAGUCGUUGAUCGAGGUCGUCACGGACGAUGCGGUCGGCAUCAAGACCGAAGCCGAAGAAGAGGAGCAGAGCAAGGCCACCGAGCGACCCAGGGCUACGGCUCACGUCACGAAAAUUGAUGGGCGCCUAAAGCUGAAGAUAACCGGAUUGCCAAUGGCGGAAGACGCCGAGCGAAUGCUGAUGCCGCCGCCACAGUUGUCGUCGGCGAAGAAGAUCAAGGAAUCCGCCAAGUCGAAGGUGCACAAAUCCAGCGACUCGGCACAUACGGUUGGUGGUUCGCUCAAACCCUGCCAAUGUGUCGAGAUGGGACUCGAGUGCGAUCACCUCCCGGGCAUGACCGCAGAGGUUCUCGCUUUGCUUCCGAAGGGCGUCAAAGAAGUCCCAAUCGAGCCGAACGAGGUCAUCAACCCGGAACAGCCACUGCUUGGGCGUGCUUUGAACAAGUCGGUGCCAAAGGCGACUUUGAAUCGUCGGAUUGGCUGUCGUCUUGCGAAGCAUGAAGUACUACAGAUGUUAACCGAUGCCGAUGGAAAUCCGCUGUACGCCCGCGACAUUUUUCCGCGGCUCGAACCUAAGCAUUACGAGCACCAGGACAGGAUCUAUGGUUUGGCGAAGGUCAAUGUUUCCCAAACUCGUUCUCCGAGCCCGGGCCCAAGCAACACACAGUCCCGUACUGAACAAAGCAAGGGAUCGACUGAAUCGGCUGCAGAUGCCGAACCCGAGGCCAAGAAGUCACGCGUCGAUUUCCUGUGGUACAACCGUCUGUCUCCCCGAUGCCCGCUCCGCCGUCACACGAUCUGGUCCAGCAAUGGAUCGCGUCAAGCGCCCCAUGGUAUCUCGUUGGCCGCAUACGAAGAAGCCAUUUCCCAAGGUUCAAUCGGUGCUUAUAUUCCGGAACAAGGCGAGCUCCACAUCCCGUUUGACCCAACCGCCGGAAGGCUGACAAGCCAGCGUCAGCGGCAAGAUCGUGUGGUAGCGUCACACCCGGUCCUCUCGAACCAGCUGGCCGAGGAGAUGGAGGCUGUGGCGGCAGCCCGGGAAGAAGCGCAAAAGAAGGCCCGCCAGCAGAAGAGGUUGAGUCUUCAAAUGGGUGAGCCUGAAGUAAUCUAUCAGUGGGAUGAUAAGGAGUCGGGUGAAACGAACGCCCGGCAGCUAUUGAUUCGGAUCGCGGAGAAGCUUCUGCGCGAUGGAGACGACAACCUGGACGGGGUGAAGUUGAAGAUGCAAGAAGCGCUUGAACGGGUGCGACGUGAGGCACUCGCCGCGCAAGCCAGCCAAGAGCCGUCGUCGAGCCCACCUGGA